GUAGUAAAAAAUGAGAAGGAAAAAGAAGAAAUCACGGAGAAAGAAUACGCGUCAUCAUGAAGAGACUGGUAAUGAUACGGAGGUUGAUGAUCCGGAGAGUGAUGGAAGGAGUGUUCACUCGGAGCUUGCUGAUUUAGAUAAAGAGGAAGCAAGUGGUGAAGCAGGCAUUGUUUCUGCAAGCACUGGAGAUGAUACAUGGUUAUCUAUUGCUCGUGAGAUGAGAAUUAACAAAUUAAAACCGAAUGUAUUCUCUGGAGGUAUUGUGAUGCAAUACAGUAUUCAAAAUAUUGAGGAAGCACCAGUAGAAGGCAAACUCUAUCAAGGGAGUUUUUGUUUUCAGCAUGAUAUUGAUGGAUCAACAUCUACCGAGUGCUCUUUCCUGAUAGCAGAAAAUCUUAAUCAUGCGAAGGAAAUAUACAAGUCAUCAGUUGCUGUAUCCCAUGAAGGGAUUGCUAAAGCUUAUUUCUUCACCUAUUGCAUUCCAUUGAAAAAACAUGUUGUGGUAUAUGAACCUCUGGAAUAUUAUAAAAUGGAGACCAUGGACUCUAUUUGCUUCAACAUUAAAUCACUAAAGUUUAAGUGGCUAGACAAUAUAAGAAAUAUUUUUGGCAGCCUUGAGUCUCUUCAUACGAUGCGACUAAGCCAUCCUUGCACAGUUGAUAUACACAGCUAUAUGUGGUCCAAGAGAGAUUCUUCUAAGUACUCCACAAGAUUAGUAGGUGCCCAUGGAAAAAUAGGAAAAGAUGGCAGAGUAGAUGACUCAGGUUCAACAGAGAGAAAUGAACGCCGAGGUGUGUUGUCGUUUCUGGAGCUACUAAAGAUUACAGGUUGCGAAGAUUAUCCGUCACUAAAAGAGCUUGUUGAACAGAGCCUCUGUGGUAAAACAAUUCUCGGACAUCCUUUGCUAAUCAAGGAAGAUGCUGAUAAAAUCAUGUGCUAUUAUGAGUUUCAGCAGAGAAUGCAUGAGUUAACACCUAAGCAAGCUAAUCAGUUGAAAGAGAAACUCAAUAAACAAUUCCCUGGGUUGUCAACUAGUUGGAAAGAGAAAGUGAAACCAGUAACUAUCUGAAGAGCUUAAAGGUUGAUGAUGAUUAUAAAGACACUUUUCUGAGUUUGCUUACUUUUGUCAGGAAUUUAAUCGAACAUAAACGUGAUGAACUUCUAUACAGCCACACACACAUCAAUUUCAGGAAAAUGGUCUCUGAGUUGUCAUCAACAUUUCCAACGUUUUUUGGCUGGCUAUAUACGUACUUGAACCUUGUUUCAUAGGAUGGACUCUUGCAAAUCCUUGUCUAUAUACCGUUAAAAGCUGCUCUGAUGUUCUAUUCUGGAGCAUUUAGUGCAUCUUGGCUUGCAAAUGGAGAUCCGGACCGUGGGAAAACACCAUAUGAAAAUGAAAACGCAGAAUGCAAUGGAAAGAAUAAUGUGGGAACUUCCUCUACUGCUGAUGAUAAGUCAGGUGCUGCUCAAUUCAAGCGUCAGGCAAAUACCCAAGAUACUCCUGAAGAUGAUGGGUCUAAGGAAUCGCUUGAUAACACGCUGCUGAUUGAUACUCUGGCUCGGGAGCAUGAUGAAGCUGAAAAAAAGAAAGAAAAGUGGCUCUAUCUUUUGGCGAGUAUGCUGUGUAUGAAAAUGAGAAUGGAGCUUUCAAUGGGCAGGGCUCGAGCACAUAUCUGGUCCAGUCUCCUGAAUCUUCGAUGGACAAUGAGACCGAGGUGAUUCCCACCCCUCCUCUUGUUACGGAAGAGAACCUCCGCUUCAGCCUGCAUACUGCUCAAACUAACCUGAUGCGAAUUGAUGAAAAGGCAGCAGCAGUGGCCAGGAAGCGUGAUCUGGAAGAAAGUUCUAACAAUAUGCCUGUUUAAUCAGCCGGUACUUGCUGACUUGGUUCUAGCUUUGCUUUUAUUCCCUUACCACUGGGAAGGACACUCCUGUGCUGCAUACCAUUUUUCAACUUUGAUAAUAUGGAUGAAGUCAACCCUGACCACUUGAACAACUUCUAUCCUUCAAAUAGGAUAUGGAUUUAUCUUUUCACUGGGUAUAGUUUUGCUGUCAUGCAUACUUUUCAUCAAUACUCAAGGGGUUAUGAUCACAAUUUUCUUCGAGAUCUUGGCCAAUGGGAUAUGCUGGUGUGCACAUGUUUGUCAAAGGACAGCAACAUUGAUAAAGCAGUGCAUGAGUUCAGUGAAAUACUGAAACAUACAGGAGCAUAAGGAAAUUUUUGUUGCCCUUUCUUAGCUCGAAAAAUGUUGGAACCAGUCAGGCAAGGCAUUUUCAGAAGCUUGGAGUAAUGCCUUGUUUGUGUAGCUGGGCUAAUGAUACAGAAAUCUGAAACCUGACAUCAAGAGCGCCACCGUGGACAACUUCACAAUAUAACAGAACAUUGCAGCUCCAGUUGAGCUCCUUUGCAACUGAAUGGAGAUCACUUGACUGUAGAUGUCACAAACUGUUGUUGUGGUCCCGUCCGAAGAAUUAAUGUCAGAAACUUUGAUAGAGAAUAAUCCCCUACGAGUAUCAGAGGCAGGUUAGGGAUUUUUUUUUUGUCCAUGUGCAGUCAUGGGUGAUUUGAAAAAUUCCAGGGUUCCAUUGUAAGCUUUGCUGCAUCCAGUAUGAUAAUAUGCAUGAACACCAUUUCACUUGCUGAGAGAUAACUACAUUAAAGUCUCAUUCAAAAUUCUCAAGGAAAACCCACUCUUGCUCAAGUAACUCUAAAGGCCACAAUUCUCUGAGCUGAAAAGUUCGAUUGCUGUGGUGCUUGAUUGAUGACCAUGUUAGAGUUGCAAAUGCUCAGAAUAAUCACAAGCUGUAUAGUCUGCACUCUGUAGACGCUCACAAACAAGGGUGGAGGCCACAGUGGUUGCAAGCUGAAAACUGCACUUGUAGGUCUGUCAGAAAUGUUGGAAUCAUAUCUUUAGUAUCCUCACAAACCACUGAAGUUCCUGAAUCCCAAGGAAGUUGGAGAGUUAUUAAGAAACCAGCUUCUUCAUAAGCAAUGCUGCCUCAAGCGCAAUUGAAGUGGAGGCGGACUGGUUUGGACCUCCAUCAAAAUCCAUUCCCUCCCUCCCUUGACGGCAACAGUGACGCCAGAGCAACGGCAGCGCUGGUGGCUGAGAAGUUUGGGUGCUGGUGAGACGAACAGUAGAGGUUGGUCCUGCUUCCUGCUGGAUUGGUAAAAUCCCUUCUCCUGUUUCGAUUAGUGCACUGUUUGUGGUGACGUGCCUUGUGGCGGCGAUAGAAGAUCAAUUUAUUCUGUUCUUAAAAUCCCUGCUCCUGUUUCGAUUAGUGCACUGUUUGUGGUGACGUGCCUUGUGGCGGCGGUAGAGGAUCAAUUUCUUCGGUUCUUGAGUUGCUGUUGCGGGAUCAGUGACUGUGAUGACAUAUCCACAUGUUAAACUCCCAAAUUGAUCAGCCCCUGAUGAAUUCCCACUCUCAAGAUAGAUUUGCAAGUGCUGCCCACAUAGUGUUCGACACAUGGUCUGAAUCAGGAACUCCAGACGAGAGUACAAGUAUUAUCGAAAACCACUCACCGAGUACAAUUCCUAACCUUCGAGGUAGAGUUCUUCAUGUGGUCAUACAUCAAGUUCAGCUAUCAGUGUCGGCAGAGGUGAUUGAUCAGGUUUUUCCUGCAUAUGGCGACAAUAGAAGAAAAUUUUCAGUCCCCUCAUCAGCAAUCACCUCAUCAUGCCCCUUCUUUGUUUGUUGAAUAUGCCCAUGGUAGCAUGUCCGAUAAAGCUUUGGAGGCUUUACAUGGGUGGUAUCUGACCAAAAUGAUUGUCGGUUGUGGAUUAGGCAUGCUGCAUCUUAGUGAGUUGCGAACUUCUUAUGGCUAUCCUGCUCCCAGGUUUUUGGAAGAUCAAUUUGAGCUUUUGCAACUAAUACACAAAGACCUUAGAAGCUUUAAGCCAAAUUGCAACCUGUGGACUGACAGAGGUGUGUAACUUAUUGUAUAGUUGUAAAAUAAAACAUGAAAUAUGAGUAGUCUUUUCGCAUGAAUAGUUGGAUUGUGGGGUGGGCUUUUACCCACGGGUUCCAUGUUGAGACGACAUUUUGUGAAUGUGGAGAGAAACACGUGCCUCGUUUGAAAAGAAAAACGCAAAUGAAAUUCUUAUUUUUCUAGUGAAAUCGAUCGAGACGUCACUGCUUUAUAAUUAAGCAAAGCAGGACAUUGUUACUUGACUGCCAGGGCCGGCGUACACCACAUCACCUAUGAAUGAUAAGGGUUGAAGAUCAGAUGCUUACUGAAAGAGGGAUUUCCAUUUGAACAGAUCAAACCAGCACAAGCGACUUCCGGGCCAUGACGACAGUGAUGGACUACAUACGAAGCAAAAUGAGUGAAUCUACACUCUAAAAUAUGUCUAUAUACAUCCGUAUUAGUUUAUAUUGGAAUCUCUAAAGAGACUUAUAUUUAGGAACGGAGGGAGUAGACAUUAAGAUUGUUGUUGUAUAUCUUCCACUGAUUGCACUGAAAACAAUUGUUGCUUGGAGUUCCAAACUUUUAUUUUCCAGAUUUUGUAGUAGUAGGGAUGUGUUUGCUAGAAAUAACUGAACUGGUGUUUAAGAAUCUGAGUGCAGCACUGCUACUUGCACUGAUUUAUAAACAUUAAGAUUCUUGUUCUA